AUGGUUGAUCCAACACCAAAAAACGUGAAAUCAGUGAAAAGCCGACUAGACACUAUCAAUCAAAAUGAAGAAUCCGGUAACAAAAAAACAUCUAAUAUAAACCCAGUUCAGUCCCAUUUUCUAGUUCCCUCGGAGAAGUUAGACAAAGUGACACGGCGUGUGAUCGCGCCGUACGCUCAGAUAGAGAGGAAGGGCUUGAAAGAUGAAGAGGCUAAAGAGGGAACGUACUUGGACAUCAGCAGGUUUAACGUAUUCCUGGAGGAUACUGUGGAUCUUGAUUCACUGCUGUAUGAGACUGCAGUGGUUCUUAAGACAAUCACGAAUAGUUCAGAAGAAGGAAAAGUAGCAGCGGCACAUGUAGCAGCAACAAAGCAGUACCUUCUUCUAGAAGAUGUGCAGAGGGAUCGGCGAUUCGCAGAGGGGCUUAAGUGGGUGGACGCUAAGGUGGCGCUCUGCAUGCCCGUGGUGAAACCCGACGGGGACUGCUAUGCGGUCCUUGAGCUGUACAAGACUUACAGUGAACCUUAUGACGAUAAUGUGAUCUGCACAGCAGUGACUAUAUCCUGCUGGGCCGGAGCGGCAGUACAUCAGGCACAGGCUCGUGUCACCCUGCAGAGGACCGCACACCUCAACAUGGAGCUGCGCGCUUUGCUUCAGAAGUACUUCUGCGACCUGGCUUCCAUCGAUACUAUGCUAACAGAUAUGCUGGUGCGAUUUAACAAUGCAUUUUGGUAUAAAUAA